AAAAAGAAGGAAUAAAGAGAAAGAAGAAGAGAGAGGGAGGGAAGAGAUUUUGAUUUCACUCAUAUUCAUUCACGCGGAGGAAAGGGAAGUCUGUAUCUAGCUGGCUGUCGGAGAGAUCCCUCUGACCACGUGACUCACCACCUCAUCUCUCUCUCUUUCUCUCUUUUCACUUUUAUUAACAAAACCCAACCCCAUCGCUUUCUUCACACCUUCCUUCUUCUUCUUCUUCCAUAAAUCUUAAACCCAAAUCUCCCUCUCUCUCUUUCUCUCUCUCUCAUUUUCUUGUUUCCAUCAUCACUGUCUCUCUCUCUCUCUCUCUCUCUCCACUCCUAUUGGCGGUUACUUUGCUUCUUCUUCCACCAUUUCACCGCCACGCGAUGCCAAGAUUCUCAUUCAGAUUCAAAUGCUAUUAUUCCAUUUGAUUCCAUUACUGCUUCGAUCUUCUUCUACGGUUAUGUGGUCUUCAGCUUGAAACAGUUGAGCUGCUUAAGUAUGUUUUUCAAUGAUUUGUGGUUCCAGAACUACCUUUUGCUUUCAUACAUGGUCUCUUAUGGAUUAAGAAGUGCGGAGAAAUGGUUUUAAAUUCAGAAUUUACAAGAACAUGGAGAGGACACGAGAAGAUGCACGGAUGCCUUCAGAUUUCAUUGGAAAAUUUGGAUCUGUUUCUUUGGGAACUCAAGACGAGACCUUAAAUAAUAAAGAAUCACCUAGACAUUCAAACCAAGAUUUUAUGUCACCUCAGAGGGCAUCACAAAUUCUAUGGCACACUGGAAUGCUUUCAGAACCUAUACCAAAUGGUUUUUACUCAGUUGUUCCGGAGAAAAGGCUCAAGAAACUUUUUGAUAGUAUUCCUACUUUGGACGAGCUUCAAGCCUUGGGCGGAGAGGGUUUUAGGGCUGAUGUCAUUGUUGUCGAUGCAAAGAAAGAUAGAAAGUUAUCUAUGUUGAAGCAACUAAUUGUCACGUUGGUUAAAGGACUGAACACAAAUCCAGGUGCAAUAAUUAAGAAGAUAGCUGGAUUGGUUUCUGAUUUCUAUAAGCGACCAAAUGUUGAAAGUCCAGCAAAAGCUGCACUUGAGGAAUCCUCCCACAUGUUUGAGAGUCAUGGUGUCCAGAUGCUGGGGCAAAUAAAGCAUGGCUCAUGCCGUCCUCGAGCUAUCUUAUUUAAAGUAUUAGCAGAUACCGUAGGUCUAGAAAGUAGACUUAUGAUGGGUUUUCCAACUGACGGAGCUGCUGAUUGUGUAGACUCAUACAAGCACAUGUCUGUGAUAGUUGCGUUAAAUUCUGUGGAACUGCUGGUUGAUCUUAUGCGCUUUCCUGGCCAACUGUUACCACGAUCAAUCAAGUCAAUUCUUAUGACCCACAUUUCUGCAGCAGGAGAGAGUGAUUCAGCAGAAAAUGAUUCUUGUGAUUCACCAUUAGAACCAAACAGUCCUUUAUAUGGGGUUUCAGAGAGUGCUGAAAAAGAUGACAAUCUCCAAUUCCAUAGAAGAUUUGAAGCAUCUUCAAAUGUAUCAAGUCCUCCCUUGCGAAACAUGAUGUUACGAUCAAAUACCUGUCUGGACAGGAAAUUAAGUUUUUCUCAUAGUGAACCCAACAUUGCAACUUCAUUUGGUCGGCGCAGUCGAAGAAAGGUCAUUGCUGAACAGAGGACUGCUAGCUCCAGUCCCGAACAUCCAUCAUUUCAAGCUCGUGGACAGUCCAAGCUUGGCGGUGAAAAGACUGCAUUUAGAGAUUUUGCUGAUGACCAGGCUACAUCAAGAUCCAGCUAUAAGUCGGAUGGUGCAUCCUCAUCAGGACCUCGUAGAAUACGAAGAAGAAGCAUUAGCAUUACACCAGAGAUUGGUGAUGAUAUUGCAAGGGCUGUGCGAGCAAUGAAUGAAAAACUAAAGCAAAAUCGUCUUCUAAGGGAACAAGGGGAUGAUAGUUCCUUGCCUCAUUCUCCCAAUGAUAGAACUAGCAGUGCAGAGCUUCAGAAAAAUCUGUCAAAUUUCCGUCUUGAUGGUCAUGAAACGUCCCCCUUAUAUCCACUGUACCGUGACAAUGUACCUUCUCAAAAGGCAGUGUCAUUACCCUCUUCACCACAUGAUUAUCGAAGACAAACUUCUGAGACAAGCAGGCCAUUGGGAUAUGAAUUGAAUGAUGAACUGGAGUCAACUUGGAAUAAAAUCCUUGAAUCAUCAAUGGCGGAUAAUAAACCUCUGUUGCCUUAUGAAGAGUGGAAUAUUGAUUUCUCGGAAUUGACUGUUGGAACUCGUGUUGGGAUCGGGUUCUUUGGAGAAGUUUUCCGUGGCAUAUGGAAUGGCACAGAUGUUGCAAUCAAGGUUUUCCUAGAGCAAGAUUUAACUGCUGAAAACAUGGAAGAUUUCUGCAAUGAGAUAUCCAUUCUCAGCCGACUCAGACAUCCUAAUGUCAUCUUAUUUCUUGGUGCAUGCACAAAGCCUCCACGCUUGUCAAUGGUGACAGAAUAUAUGGAAAUGGGAUCUUUGUUCUACUUGAUUCAUGUGAGUGGUCAAAAGAAGAAGCUUAGUUGGCGAAGAAGACUAAAAAUGUUGCGUGACAUAUGCAGGGGCUUGAUGCAUAUACAUCGAAUGAAGAUUAUUCACCGUGAUGUGAAAAGUGCAAAUUGCCUUGUGGAUAAGCAUUGGACAGUGAAAGUCUGUGAUUUUGGACUUUCAAGAAUAAUUACAGAGUCUCCCAUGAGAGAUUCUUCUUCAGCUGGAACACCAGAAUGGAUGGCUCCUGAACUGAUUCGAAAUGAGCCGUUCACUGAAAAAUGUGAUAUCUUUAGCCUAGGUGUGAUAAUGUGGGAGCUCUGCAACUUGAGUAGGCCAUGGGAAGGCGUACCUCCAGAGAGGGUGGUUUAUACUGUUGCUAAUGAGGGUUCCAGAUUGGAGAUUCCUGAAGGCCCGCUAGGCAGACUGAUUUCAGAGUGUUGGGCAGAACCGAAUGAGCGACCAAGUUGUGAGGAGAUCCUAUCUCGCUUGGUGGAUAUUGAGUACUCGAUGUCUUGAUGCAGCAAUUACCUUUUGUACAUAGUGAACUUUGGGUUGAGUUAUCACAUUGUAUUUUCGGCUGAUGUUGUAAACUUAUAUGAAUUAUAUGUCCUGAAAACAUGUUAAAAUGUGCGUGCAUUCGUGCAUUUCUUGAAUCGUCUCUUAUGUGAAGCAAUGUAAAGAGAAGGAAAAGAAGCAAUGGCUUUUUUUUAUCCAUCUCUUUAAUCACACAAAAUAUGGUUGACCUUUCAUUUAAUGGUUGAAAAUUUUGAAAGAAGUAA